AGGAAUCAACGGCAAGAAGCAGCAGUCAGUCCGCGCAGCGCGUCGAUGGCCACGUCCGAUAAGGUAGAAUCUAAGGCCAAUGCAAGCUCGACGCCACCGUUCUAUCUCAGGUGGAUCUUCGGCGACCCCCAAGAGACAUUCCCGGACCCGGUGACGGGGCUGUCGCAACGCGACAGGAACUACAUCAUCGACACCUGGACCCUGAUCCGACGAGACAUCCGGGCCAACUCGAUGGCGCUGUUCGUGGCGCUCUUCGCGCGCUACCCCGAAUACCAGCGCAUGUUCCCGACCUUCGCCACCGUGCCCCUGCACGAGCUGCCCCGCAACGAAGUGGUCAAGGCGCACGCGCUGGUCGUGUUCUACUUCCUCACCAACAUCGUCGAGGCCACGGACGACGGCGUCCUGAUGACGGAGCUGGUGCGGAAGAACGUGCGCAACCACCUGCGGCGUCCCAUGGGACCCCAGGACUUCGCCAACAUGAACGCGCUGCUCGUGGAAGUCAUGCAGGACAAGCUGCGAUCGCGCAUGACCCCAGGAGCGGUCAGGGCCUGGAAGACGCUGCUCGCCUUCUGCCAGAAAGUCACCGUCGAGGUCUACGCGGAGCACAAGAGGGCCAUCGAGAUGGGAAAGCCCCGUGGAAUCCUCUCACCACCGGCACAGCCGCCAACCGACAAAUAGAGGGAGCCUACGUCGGCGGUAGCAGACGAAAAGCGGCUACGGGCCUCGUCUGCAAGCAUCUGGCGUGGGAGGGCGCUUAUUUUAAACGGCGGUGCUUAUUCGCAUACGCCAUGUAAAAUGUCAACUCCUAUAAAUCGACCUGUCCGAUUCUAGAGCGCCGUCUGUUCUC